ACACACACACACACACACACACACACACACACACAAUAACAUGCUCGCGCACACCAGCGCACGCGCUUACGGCUGUCAGGCGUGUCAGAGAAGCGCUCGCGCUUCUGUGAGUUGAAGGAGCGAGAGUGAGGGCGAGCGAGCGUGUAGUCGGUGCUUUACAGUGAGCGGGACCAGGCACGCUGCUGCCGUGUCAGUGAGUGGAGGCUGGCUCCGAGUCCGCUUCUUUCACUUCUUUUCUCGCUUCUGUGAAAUGGACUUCUGACAGCAGCCGGGCUGCGGGCGCCGCCGGUUCCUCCUGACCGGAAAAUGAAGCGACUCUGUCGGAGGCUGGCGGUGGCCGUGGCGGUGCUGGUGUGGCUGGGAGCGCUGGUUUACCUGCUGGUGUUGAGCCGGAGGAGGUUGCCGGAGCUCAGUCCAGGAGCGGUAGCAGGGGGAGGCGGAGUAGCAGGAGAGACAACCUACAACCAGAUUUCAGAUGCAGAGUGGGAGGACAUGUUGGAGGGCUUUGAUGAGCGGAGUUACCUGAGCGCUCGGCGCUGGAAGCCCGGAGACGACCCGUACACUCUGUACGCUUUCAACCAGAGAGAGAGUGAACGCAUCCCCAGUGAUCGAGCCCUGAGAGACACUCGACACUACAGGUGCACCACUCUUCACUACGACUCAGAACUUCCUUCAACCUCCAUCAUCAUCACCUUUCACAAUGAGGCCAGAUCAACUCUGCUGCGGACCAUCAAGAGUGUUUUAAACAGGACCCCGGUUCAUCUCAUCUAUGAGAUCAUUCUGGUGGACGACUUCAGUGACGACGAUGUGCCCAGUCCAUCUCCAGAGGUUCAAAAAGUCCUAGUGAACUAUAUCAAACAAGGUCAAGGUCAAGAUAUGUUCAGCUGGAGAUAA